UGCGCAAGAACGUAGGAAUUUUCGACUAGCCGAUGAGUCUUUACCGCUGCGCCCGUUUACGCAGGAAUCUCCGCUGUCAGGGCCGUGAUCUGUAAACGCUGACAUUCUAAACAGUCACGUGUCCCAUUCCCAAAUGUUCAACACGAUGCCAUGAACGGGUGAAAUCCGCGAAAGAACGCGGAAUCAUUUCGAGCGACGCACGAGCGCAACCGUUGAAAAAGAAAAAGUUUCGCGUGCAUCGAAUGCGGCGAAGGAGGAAGCGACGUUAAUUGAUGCUCGUGACGAUGCAUAUACGUAAUUGAGAAUAGAUCGGCAGCGGUCAAUAAGCGAAAGAAAGUGCGUGGAGGGUAAAGAAUUCCGGGGAUACGGCAGUGUAAGGGGAUCGACGAGCGCGAGCGGAAACCGGCGAAGACGGCCGAACGCGUACGCGGGACCGUCGCCGCGGAGGCAGAGCAAAGAAAGCGCUUUAAAAAUUCACCGAGUAUGCGUGAUUUGUCACUCGAUCGGCGAUCGUUUCGAUCGACUCGUUCUCCGUGGGACGGCGAUCGCGCGAAUCCAGUGUGCGUUUCGCGAUCACCGCCGAGUUCUGUGCGCCCGUCAGACAGCGUCGAUGCACGUGUAGAUAACGAUCGUGGAUGACAAAUCCUUAACCGUGGCCUCAUUAACGUCAAGUUCGUUGUGUCAAGUUUCGUGAUUGUUAAUUCGAUCCGGGAACCUUGGAAUCCCGUGUUUCGCAAAGAUGAACGUCAAAGUUUACCCGGGAGAAUGUGAAACAUCGGUUGCGACAUCGCGGAAAUGAAAAUAUUUCCUUUGACACGGAAUUUCGUGCAACGUGAUCGGAGUGAGAAAUCAUCCGCGACGGUUCGCGAGCAACGGUCCAUCAGUUUAACCGUUCUAUGCGAGCGGCAAACUCGAGCGUCGGACUGCUUACGCGUCGAAAAAUUUUGCGAAUGCUGGCAGAUGCACGACACGGUGGCUAAUAUCGAACUCGAGGCGUGCGCGUGUUAGCGGUGUCUGAUAACGGGCCGUUGUUUUCUUAUCGCACAGCGUCUACUCUGUAUGCGAUCUCGCGAUACACGUAUGCUCGUUGGAACGUGAGAUUGUUGUUACGGGAUGCGUUCGUGUAAAAAAGUUAAGCGCUGAGGUCACGAAAGAGAAAAAGAAUGAGUCUUUCGCCGGUAGCGAAUAGGAGCUUCCUUCACGGAGAUCGAAAGCCAUCCCCGAGCUCGGAGAAGAUCGUUUACGCAACGCUCGAUAGUUUGGCGUUAAAGAGAGCUACGUUGCCCCUGCAGUUGCUGCCCGUUGACGAGUCCAAGAGAAAAAGGGAAACUUGCAACGAAGCGACUGCCAGGAGAUCCAGUUUCAAGGUCGACACUCCAUCAAAGGAGCGCUCUGAAUAUCUCCUAGUCGCUUCCAAGUCCGAAGACCGAAAAUGCACCGCCAGUCCAUCCGUUAUCGAGCGGAAAUCCGAAGAGCCGUUUUAUUUGCAAUGCGCUAUCGAUAAUCCGAUAAGGUCCUCGGACCCCGUGAGCGAAGAUAUCGACAUUCGCGAGCCUCAAGAAUCCGACGAUUCCUCGAACGAAGCUCUCCAGUCCGACGACUACGAGCGAAUAGAGCUGACAUCCUCGGAGAAUGUCGCCAAACAAGUGAACCUCAACAACAAUGAGAUCACCCUGAAGAAAUCAAAUCUCUCGGAGAAAUCUGAGGAACGAGGCUUCAAGAAGAGGACUGUUCAGGUCGACACUCCAUCAAAGGAGCGCUCUGAAUAUCUCCUAGUCGCUUCCAAGUCCGAAGACCGAAAAUGCACCGCCAGUCCAUCCGUUAUCGAGCGGAAAUCCGAAGAGCCGUUUUAUUUGCAAUGCGCUAUCGAUAAUCCGAUAAGGUCCUCGGACCCCGUGAGCGAAGAUAUCGACAUUCGCGAGCCUCAAGAAUCCGACGAUUCCUCGAACGAAGCUCUCCAGUCCGACGACUACGAGCGAAUAGAGCUGACAUCCUCGGAGAAUGUCGCCAAACAAGUGAACCUCAACAACAAUGAGAUCACCCUGAAGAAAUCAAAUCUCUCGGAGAAAUCUGAGGAACGAGGCUUCAAGAAGAGGACGCAUUUCGCGAAGAACGUACUGCACUUCGUUCCGGAGUACCUCGUCAAAGGAUCCAGGAAGAAGAAGAACGUUCUGAGUGCAUCGUUGAGUUCCUUAAAAACGUCGACGUUGGAUGUGAACUCCAUGGCCAGGUUCAGGUCGAGAAGCCUCUCCCGAGAGGAGACCAGGUGCCUCAACAUUUCAUCACCAACGAACUUCGUGCACGUCGCUUCAGCCACCAGCCCGAACCUCAUCAACGAGAACAGCGACGUCCAUUUGGAGCAAGUAAUCACGCACGAACAGAAGUGCGCAACGUUGCCUCUGCUCGUCAGGAACGAAAAGGAAACUCGCAGCGACGAAAGUCUGAAGCGUGAACUGAUGUCAGAGCUGCGAGUGCGGACGAAAAUGUUGGAGCAGAGCCAGCGGGUGAAAACAAGUGAAAAUCAAGAGGCUAAUGCUAGCUUUUUGUGGAGGAACACGAUUGAGAUGACUGGCAUCACUGAGAGCGUUGAUGAGGAUCAGUAUGAUGAUGUGGGACCUAAAAAUAGUGAUACCCAGGAGGACGACUACGACGAUGUAGGAUUUCCAUCCAGCGACCCUCCCGAGGUCCCCAAAGACGACAGCAUUUACGACGACGUGAUGUCCCCAAUAACCGAACGCAUCUCAGAGCCUAGAGAGAUGGAGGAGAACCAAGAGAGCUACCGUUCGUUGAACAACGACUACUCCAGCGUGGACUCCGACGAGUUAGAUCAAGAUGUAUACGAUGACGUAGGCUUUCCCGCAGAGGAACGCGUCAACAGCCUCUACGCGGGUUCUACAACGGGUUCAAUCUUAGGAUGGAAUGGAAAGGAAUCCGAGUGGGAGGACCUAGAAGACCCGGUUGCGCUUCCUGACUCGUGUAGGAAGGACGUGAGUAAGAGAAAGGGACAACGGUCGAGGAAGGUGAGGAGACGGUCCAGGUGCAGGAGGAGCUCGUCGAAGUCUUCUAAUAAGAGUACGAGAAAUGUAGAGAGCCAAGUGGCUGUAAGCCUUGGCAGCGGAUCGGUAUUGGUCGUGGGCCGUACGGAGAAAGUGGAAGAAUGGAACAGGGAAGAGUCGGAUCGAACUGCGCAAAAUUCACAGAGGACGCAGGGUCUCGUUCAGUUGAGGGUCAUCGACCUGGACGAGGACGUGGAUACGCAGGAGACGUCCUGCUACGUUCACGAAGGUUUCCUUUACAACGCUGAGGACAGCCCGUACGAGAGCCUGCGGUCCUUCCCUCGGGAUGAGUUCAGCUCGGAUUCCGAGACGGAGAAGAACGACCCGAACCGACUGGUCAUCGAGUACCUGGAGGCUCCAACCAGACCCAAUCCUCCUCCACCUCGGGAGAUCAGUCUGACAAGAACGCUAGGUAGAAGAAUAAAAAUGUUAAGAAGAACGUGGAGCAUCACGAAAGGUAGCCUGGGUCGCAUGCGGAGGAGAACGUCCGUGGACGAAGAACACGAGGACAAGGAGUGCGAUUCGAACCUUGACGGAGGCAGGUACUUCGGCUUUGCUAGGCACUUCAAGAAAAGCGUUGCAGGGUUCUCCACUUUUUAUCUGAACGGCCAUACUGAUUCGAUCAAAACGGAUCGCUCCUCAGAACCGAUUGGAGAACCAGAUCACUAUAGCGUGCUGGCCGAGCAGGAACCACUGUAUCAGUUUUAUGCGGCGGCGGCUGCGAGGGGAGCGUUUGAUUCCAACUCGGAUGACUAUGAAGAGCGGAUCGGUAUUGGUCGUGGGCCGUACGGAGAAAGUGGAAGAAUGGAACAGGGAAGAGUCGGAUCGAACUGCGCAAAAUUCACAGAGGACGCAGGGUCUCGUUCAGUUGAGGGUCAUCGACCUGGACGAGGACGUGGAUACGCAGGAGACGUCCUGCUACGUUCACGAAGGUUUCCUUUGUCCGAGAACUCUUUGUCAAAACGUUCUACGUCCUUCAAAAGUUUCGCUUCCUCCACUUAUCAAAACAAUUUUGCAGACAACGCUGAGGACAGCCCGUACGAGAGCCUGCGGUCCUUCCCUCGGGAUGAGUUCAGCUCGGAUUCCGAGACGGAGAAGAACGACCCGAACCGACUGGUCAUCGAGUACCUGGAGGCUCCAACCAGACCCAAUCCUCCUCCACCUCGGGAGAUCAGUCUGACAAGAACGCUAGGUAGAAGAAUAAAAAUGUUAAGAAGAACGUGGAGCAUCACGAAAGGUAGCCUGGGUCGCAUGCGGAGGAGAACGUCCGUGGACGAAGAACACGAGGACAAGGAGUGCGAUUCGAACCUUGACGGAGGCAGGUACUUCGGCUUUGCUAGGCACUUCAAGAAAAGCGUUGCAGGGUUCUCCACUUUUUAUCUGAACGGCCAUACUGAUUCGAUCAAAACGGAUCGCUCCUCAGAACCGAUUGGAGAACCAGAUCACUAUAGCGUGCUGGCCGAGCAGGAACCACUGUAUCAGUUUUAUGCGGCGGCGGCUGCGAGGGGAGCGUUUGAUUCCAACUCGGAUGACUAUGAAGAGGUCGAGGACAUGAUUCCAUCUCGCUCCACGACCGAUUUGGCAAAACCAGGGCACAGAACGUUAUGGUGUCAGACGCCUCAAGUCAUAAACAGCGACCUCCUAGAACGACUAACUGCGGAGGAGAGAAAGAUACAGGAGGCGAAGUUCGAGAUCCUAACAUCAGAAGCGUCAUAUUUGAACAGCCUCCGCGUCCUCAAGAACGAGUUCUUCAACGAGCCGUCCUUCAACGAGAUUUUAACCCCCCUCGAGAAGGAGAAACUGUUCGGAGGUAUCCCCAGCGUGUUGCAAGCGUCAGAACAGUGUCUGGCGGAAUUGGAAACCGUGUGGAGGCAGGAUCCCAUGCUGCACGGGUUGCCGGACGUGCUGCUCAAGUAUGCGGAGAAGUGUUUGGACAUUUAUGUGGCGUACUGCUCGAACCAAGUUAGCAUCGACGGCACGCUCAAAGAUUUACGAACGCGGAAGGGGAUCAGGUUUUUGGACGUGGUCUCGCAAAUUGAAGCGCGGACAGCUUGCCAGAGCUUGUCGUUACAUUCGUUUUUAAUGUUACCCAUGCAACGAAUAACCAGGUUGCCUUUGUUGGCUGACGCCGUCCUCUCCAAACUGCCCAUCGAACACGUAGACAGACCUCAAUGGGAGAGAGUUCUGUCAGGCCUGAGUUACGUGGUCGCUGAAUGUAACGAAGGUGCACGUGUCGCGGCGAAGGAGGCAGAAAUGGAAAGUUUAGCCAGGAAACUGGAAUACUCCGCUAAAAUUAAACCUAUCGUACUAAAAGGCAAACACUUGGUUAAAACUGGGCCCGUCGUGCAAUUACUGAGCAAAGCUGACGCGGAAUAUAAACUUACGUUCGGGCGAAAGUUUAACAAGACGCAUCUGUAUCUUUUGUUGCUCACGGAUUACCUUCUAGUCGCAAAAUAUAAAUCCAAUACUCAAGAUGCAACGUACACCGUGAUAGAUACUUGUAAGAGGAGCUUGAUCGCCUUAGAAGCAGUUAACGAGGACUCGCCGUUUGCGGGACGUAACGCGAUGCUGUUAACUCUUCUGGAGAACUAUUCUGGUCAUCAGGUUGAAUAUAUUUUAACGUGCGAAAGCGACACGGAAAGGCAGAGGUGGUUGGAAGCUGUCUCACCGUCGAAACGGGGUUUGAUGGAAGAAACGCUUUACGAGUCGUGGGACUGUCCUCAAGUGGUAGCUUUGUAUUGCUAUUCCCCUAAUCAACCGGACGAAUUGUCGUUGCAUCCUGGGGAUGUCAUAAACGUGUUCAGAAAGAUGUCGGACGGUUGGUACCACGGUGAGAAGUUAUUGGACGGUGAGCAGGGCUGGUUUCCCGGGAAUUAUACGAAGGAAGUUGCAUCGGAGCAUGUUCGCGCGAGAAAUCUUAAGCAGAGACACCGUCUUCUUGCGCUGAACGGUAACGCGCUGCAACGAAAGACGAAGCAACAAUCUUCUGUUCGCUAAAAGACUUGGAGUGUACUUAAAUUAUCAUUAACUUAAUCGAAUAAACCAAAAUAUUUUAUAGUUACCCGCUUUCUUUCACGCAUUCUUCUUCUGAGUAAAGCAAGGAGGUAAUGCAAUUAAAGAAGUCUAUAAAAAAA